CACGCCCCUCUAUGGAAGCGACAAAUAAAUCUGAUAAGAAUUUUCUCUUUUUUGAUUGUAAAUCGAUUUCUGUUUGCCUUCGUAAUCAGCCCGACAGAAACGCAUGGAAAUUCUUGAAUGUGUCUUUUCCACAGUGACUGGUGAGAGUCACUUUUAAAACUUGUGAAGCACGUUGAUCAAAGUGAGAUGACUGGAGCGACUCUUGACAAGCUCUUGCCAUUAUUUUUAAGAAUAAGAGCAAAUAUGAAUUUAUAUGAUUGACUGUUAUUUUCAUGGGCAUUAUUAUGCAAAUGAUGCAGCAUUCUGGCAGGUUUUUGGCUCAUGCUGUGCCUGUGAUUGUCCUCCUGGCCAGUCUGUGCUUGACCGGCACACAAGCUUCUGAGGGAGACCGGUCUUACUUUUUCCUAAGCUGCAUGGACAAAUGCUUGAAAGUUAAUUGCUCAAAUGAAAAUUCUUCAAACGGAGAACAACCACCAGUUGUUGAGCCAUCCAUUCUACAACUUCUCUGGUCCUGCCAAGAUGAGUGCAGCUACAAUUGCAUGUGGGUUACCGUCAGUUCGUUCCUUGAAAAAGGGUGGGGAGUGCCUCAAUUUUUCGGAAGAUGGCCAUUUAUCAGGGUACUAGGUCUUCAAGAGCCAGCGUCAGUCGUCUUCUCGAUGAUGAAUUUGAUUGCCAAUUUAGUCAUGCUGAACGAAUUUCAAUCAAAAGUACCAAAGUCUGUUCCUUGUUACUAUUUAUGGACUGCGCACAGCUGGGUUUGUAUCAACGCCUGGUUCUGGUCCACCGUAUUUCACUCGCGAGACAUCUCAUUGACUGAAAAGAUGGAUUACUUUUGUGCCUUUUCUAUGGUCCUGUUUUCCUUCUACAGUAUGGUGAUGAGACUUCUGCAUUGCCGCAUCGACUGCAUUUCCACAUUAUUUUCAAUCUUGUGUGGAUGCCUCAUGGUCUUUCAUGUUACUUACCUCUCGCUCCUUCCAAGAUUCGACUACAGCUACAACAUGAAGGCAAAUGUUACCAUUGGUGUUCUGAAUGGAGUGGGUUGGCUUUUAUUUUGCUAUUCUAAAUGGCACAAUCACAAGUAUGUUUGGCGAUGUGCCCUGUCGGUUGUUCUGGCCAUGGCAGCAAUGUCCCUUGAGAUCUUAGAUUUCCCACCAAUCUUUUGGACAUUUGACGCACAUGCCUUGUGGCAUUUAAGUACGGCUAUGCUACCUUUUCUUUGGUACAGGUUCAUAAUUGACGACUGCAAUCACUUACGUGCACUAAAGGAUAAAGAAAAGUUAAAAAUUCUAUGAGCUUCUACUAAACUACUCGCUUUCUGUUCUUAUUCUGCAUACAAAUUGUGAUUUUAGAAAUUUUAUAAUAUAGUUGUUUUAAAAUGCUUUUUUUCAAACGACUGAACAAAUUAGGAGAAAGCCUAAUAUUUAUAGCAACUUACAACUUAAUAGGAAUCAUUAACAAUGUUUUAUGCAAACUUAUUGUCCGAUUGUUAACUGUUUUACUCUCUGAUGUUAUGGAGUCAAUUAAAUCUAAUAUUAUUUAUGAUAAAAAUAAAUUUUAUGUGUGUGGUUAACUAUUUAGAAUGAAA